AUGUUGAUUCACGUUCUUAUUUCAGAAAGUCAUACAGAUUUUGUGCCGGGGAUACAAUUGUUGGACGGUGUCUUGGUUGCCAAAGAGUUGGUUGAUUACAUUGUUAAGAACCACAAGCCUUUCAAUAUAAAAUGGAUGGAAGUGACAGUUUUUAAUAACCAUAUGUCGGUCCUUGUUAACGGCAGUCCGACGAAGGAGUUUAAGGUGAGAAGAGGUUUGCAUAAAGUGGGCCCUUUAUCCUCGUUCCUCUUCGUUUUAGUGGUAGAAGGCUUAUCGGGUUUCGUAAAGAAAGCUUCAGAGUUGGAUAACUUUUUAGGGAUUCAAGUUGAAGGUGUUUGUAAGGUGGACAUUCUCCAAUACGCUGACGACACACUAUUGGUUGGGGACAGGAUGGAAAUAAGUUUGGUCUCUCAAAUCGGUCCUUAG